AUGGAUUACGAUAGCUCUGAUACGGUGAACGAUGGUUCUAGCAACUCCUUAGUUGCUAAGAUGAACACAGCUAAACUAUUAUAUCAACACUAUUUAGACAAAGUCACUCCUCACGCUAAGUGGAGAUGGACUGUGUUGGGUGGUUUGUUGUGUCUAUUUAUGUUGCGUAUUACAAUGGCUGAAGGUUGGUAUGUGAUUUGUUAUGGUCUCGGUUUAUUUCUGUUAAAUCAAUUUUUAGCAUUUUUGACACCAAAAUUCGAUAUGUCCUUACAACAAGAUGAAGAAAACAAUGAACUGGAAGCUGGAGAAAAAUCAGAAGAAUUCCGCCCAUUCAUCAGAAGACUGCCAGAAUUCAAAUUUUGGUACAACAGCAUCAGAGCUACUGUCAUUUCCCUAGUACUGUCAUUAUUUUCAAUCUUCGAUAUUCCAGUAUUUUGGCCAAUACUAUUAAUGUACUUUAUCUUAUUAUUCUUUUUAACUAUGAGAAGACAAAUUCAGCACAUGAUGAAAUAUAGAUAUAUACCUUUGGAUAUUGGUAAGAAGAAAUAUUCACAUCCUUCUAACUGA